UGGUGUCCCUUUGAAACCUAAGUUUCAGAUGAGGCUGAACAAGCACCAGGAAAAUAGAGCAAACUACUCUGAGGCUGGUUCUUCAAUGGCUGCAACUGCACAAAGGCCACCAAGGGUACCUGCUGCCUCUGCACCUGCACCAACUCCUCCUCCAACAACAACUGAGUCAACACAGACAGCUUCUAGGUCAAGGAAGAGGGAAGCACCAGCUACAACAACAGCACCACCACCUCUCAAGAAGAGCAGGACCAACACCUCUUCUGCAACAGUAGUACCACCUCCCAAGAAGAAGAACACAACUAUUUCUGGCAAUGGAUCAAGGUCUUCUCCAGCAAAGAACACCAGGUCAUCAAGGUCUUCUCCAGCAAAGAACACCAGGUCAUCAAGGUCUUCUCCAGCAAAGAACACCAGGUCAUCAAGGUCUUCUCCAGCAAAGAACACCAGGUCAACUGCCGCCAAUAGAGCUGGCACUGGAUCAAAGAGGGUCAGGAAGCCAUCUAAUAGGCUGAAAGAUUACUUUUAUGCAAGUGGUAACUAG